CUUCAGAAAAAUGUUUAGUUUGGAAAAAUCGAUUUAUUUUUGAUUAAGAUAAGUUGAAACAUUUCUUUGGGUGAACUCGACGUUCACCUCUUCUACUUUCGUUUUCCGAGGUUUUAUGGGCUAUAUCCGGUGGACGCUGUAAAACAGUGAUAAAGUCUAAGCGAGUUUUUUUCAAUAAAACGCAUGGAUUAAUUUUAAUUUUUGAUUAUAAUGUAAAAAGCAUUUGCUGUAUAUAUUUAACAUAUUCUUGGAUAUUUGGAAAUUGUUUUAGAAGAAUACUUAUAUACAUAAAUAAAACUUCACUUAACUGUAUGUUAAAUCUUUUAUAACAACACACAGGAUCUUUAAGGAAUGGACAUAUCAAACAUUUUCAAAAAAAUAUACUAACCAACAUACCUGAAGUAAAUACGUGGGGUGUUGUAAAUACUCAUGACUCGGUAGCCAUAUUGUUUAUUUUGCAACCGAUUUUCAAUUUUAUAUCGAACAGCUGUUACAAGUGUCCAAUUCAAAACAGCUGUUACAAGUGUCCAAUUCAAAUGUGAAAUGCACAUAAAAAAUCGGAUAUUGACGUUGACAAGACAUACAUGUGGCGCACACAAAAUCUAUAGUCCUUCUAUUUUCACAAAACAAUUAAAGAGAAUAAUUAUGCGAUCUUACAAACAAUAUUAAAAACAAUGAAAAUGUUUUGGAGAUUUAUCGUGCCUUCCCUUUGUGUGCUUGUUUUAUUUUUUACAUAUUUUAAAAGAAAAUAUGAUUUCGAAAGAAAUUCAGAUUAUUCGCAGUUUAAAUUUAAGAUAUUUGGUGGAAAACUAAACAAAUCUGUAUCGAUGAAUGUUUCCACUAAAUCUGAAUCUGGAAAAGAUAAAAGCAUUAAUACAGAUUUAGUGCAGGACGGGAUCUUUUGGUCAGAUUUUGCAGAAUCACUCGUUCCGAAAGGAUUAGACGAUAACGACAGAAUGCAAUUAGUAAAGAAAUUGCGACAUAUGCGUGUGGUAAAAAUAGAAUCAGGGAAUAGGUCAAUGUGUGGCAACAGUAAUGGCAUUAUCGCACUUGAAGAUGGAACUAAAGUGUGUGCCAAACAUAGACGAACUCAUUCAAUAUAUGCUGAAGCAUUAGCAUUCUACUUAUCUCGAUUGUUGCGUUUGGACAACGUUCCAGAGGUGAUACUUUCUAAACUUGAUGGAUCUUCCGGGCAGUGGAAAAGAUUUAACUUUACAAAAUUAAAUUGGAAAGAAUUCGAAGAAGUUGCAAUCAUCAGGUGGUUCAAUAAUGCAAGGUUGAUUCAUUACCAACUAUUUGGAGAAUCUGGACCCAGAUUUCGAAGUUUUUCCAGACAUUUAUAUAAUAGUGUUAAGUCACCAAACGGCAAGAUAUGGAUAAUUGAUAAUGAAUUUGCCUUCUUUACUGAACGCAAACAUAGAGUGUCUAAGGAGUAUAACAUUCAUUUGCUCACAUUCAAUAAUAUUAUGCUAAAAACAAUGUGUAUCUUUCAAUCUUCACUAGUUGGUGAGUUAAGAAAUCUUCAUAAAUACCCAUCAGCUUUUCACCAUCUCUGGUAUUACGCCAGUUCCUUUGAACCAUUAUUAAAUAAUCUCAAUAGAGACCUUCAAUUUAACACAUCAGCUGCUUUAUUCAACCAAAGACUCGGAGAUAUCAUCGGUUGGAUAUAUGUUUGCAAAUCUAAGAGUUUAAUUAAAAAGUAAUGCCAAACAGGUGGAAACUAUAAAGAUAAGAUCCAUACAUUAUUGUAUAGUAACACUUUUAGGCCUCUAUAUUAUUUUCUUUGCUGUUUGGUUUAUUUGGCUUUUCUUGUUUUUUUGCUGCCAUUGCAAAUUUUCGGCCCUUUUCGUCACAAUCCGGAUAAGACUUGGACAUUUUGCUGUGUUGGGCUUUCUUUAAUGAUUCUUUAUUUAUCUUUUUUCGGAAAUUUUGCUUUGAACCAUAAAUGUUUUGUCACAGUUUCGCAUUGUUUUUACGCUUCGUUAAGAAUGUGUACAUCGAUAUAUUACAUAUACCAUUUGCCACAAUAAGGUUUUAAUGGGAAUUGAUUUGAUUAACUAGUACACGUAUGCCCAAGUUUAAUAUUUGAAAAUAUUUAUAAUUGUCUUUAUUCCACGUAGAACAAGUUUCGUAUGUUAGUAAAAGGGAUAUAAAAAAAAUACCUGAAAAAACAUU